CCUAUUAUUCACCAUGCUGCCCAAUUCCUGAAAAGUGUCUCUCCAGCGCCCACAACGGCGACUAGGCUCUACCUUUGUCCCGCUCCCGACGCGAUCGCCCUUCCACUUCCUCUUCCGCCGCCCUUUGCGAACGAGGGCCUCAGCACCCCACCACCGGCGUCAUGGUUCGCAACAUCGUUGUCCUCGGCGGGAGCUCGCACCCGCAGCUGACCGAGACCAUCUGCAACCACCUCGGCAUCCCGCCUGCAAAGGCCCUCCUUGGCAAGUUCAAGGUCGGCGAAACCAGGGUCGAGAUUGAAGAGAGCGUGCGUGGAAAGGAUGUGUUCAUCAUCCAGUCUGGUGGCGGUUCAGUGAACGACCACCUCAUGGAACUCCUCAUCACCAUCUCCGCCUGCCAGACUGCCUCGGCUAAGCGCAUUACCGCCGUGCUGCCGCUCUUUCCGUAUUCGCGCCAGUCGGACAUUCCCUACAAUAAGACCGGCGCGCCGCUCGCCAGGGUUCCGGGCACGCGGUCGAGGACAGGCACGUACAGCUUCGAGUCGCGCCCUCAGACACCGCACCCCGGCCAGCCUGAGAGUGCGGGCCUGGGCGCCAAUGGCACUGCGACGUUGCACCACCAGCUCAGUCGCAUGAAGCUGGACGAGCAGCGCAACGGGCCCUCAGCGCCCUCUAGCCCGGUCAAGACGAAUGGCCUGCGCCGCAGCGAGACGGUCGACUCGACCAAGUCGGACGCCGCAGUUCACUUUGAUAGCGCGAAUGGCGUGAACGGCGCAGUCACAAAGCCCACCACCAAGCCUCCAGCUUUCGAGCCUCAGGUUGGGUACCGUCAGUGGGUUGCUCAGGCCGGCACUUUGAUCGCCGACCUGCUCACAUGUGCUGGUGCUGACCAUGUCAUCACCAUGGAUCUGCACGAUCCCCAGUACCAAGGCUUUUUCGACAUUCCUGUCGACAACCUGUACGGCCGCCACCUCCUCCGCAAAUACAUUCAGUCGAACAUUCCCGACUACCAACAGGCCGUUAUCGUCAGUCCAGACGCCGGAGGUGCUAAGCGAGCUACUGCCAUCGCUGAUGCGCUUGGUAUGCCCUUUGCGCUCAUCCACAAGGAGCGCCGACCUACGCAGAUCAGUGACAGGCAAAACGCCACCAUGAUGCUUGUCGGUGACGUCGCAAACCGCACCGCCAUCCUGAUCGACGAUUUGGCCGACACAUCCAACACCAUUACUCGCGCAGCCAAGCUGGUGAAGAAGGAGGGUGCAUCGCAGGUAUACGCGCUGAUUACCCACGGCAUCCUCAGUGGUGACGCGAUUGAUCGCAUCAAUGCCAGUGCGCUGGACAAGGUCGUUGUCACCAACACGGUAGACCAGACCGAGCACAAGUCGCGCUGCCCCAAACUCGAGGUUCUCGAGGUGGGCAACGUGUUCGCAGAGGCAAUCCGACGCGUCCACCACGGCGAGAGCAUCAGCGUGCUAUUCGACUACAGCUAGUGGCUGAUCGACCCACGCCCGCCCCGCCUCUCCCAUAAAAGUCUCCUUUCCUCAGGCAAACCCGCCUUCGGGCCAUAGAAAACCAUAUAUUAGAGUUGCGGACUACAGUGACGCGGCGCCGCUUCGGCUGGCCCGCUGUCUCCAUUCCGUAAGGCCCUCUCACCCAAGUGACUGUGCCCCUGUUCAUACACCUGCUGGGGAGCAGUAUAUCAAGUACCUGGCCUGCGCGCUGCGUGUUUUUGCACGGAUGGCGUUGAAGGCGUUGGGGAUGUUUGUAUAUGCCAAAUGUAGAUGGGAUUAGCUCUCCUGAAUUCCGGCUACGCCGGUGGAACUGUGUUUGCUCACUCUGUGGUGUAGG